UACACAGAUUUCCAAUGGCAUACUUUGUUCCAUUGUUGAGCACAUUUCUUUUUUUCUCCAUCUACUAUUCUCAAAGCAAUGCACUUAGUUCAAAUUACUAUGCAAAAACAUGCCCUCAAGCUGAAGACAUAGUAAUGAAGGUUGUUAAGGAGGAAGCACAGAAAGACAGAAGAGUACCCGCUACACUUCUAAGGAUGCAUUUCCACGAUUGUUUCCUACGGGGCUGUGAUGCUUCAAUUUUGUUGAGCUCUAAGGGGAAAAACACCGCGGAAAAGGACGCGCCUCCUAAUGGUUCUUUACACGGAUUCUAUGUUAUUGAUGGUGCAAAGAGAGCAGUGGAAGCUAUAUGUCCUGGCGUUGUCUCUUGCGCUGAUAUUUUAGCGUUUGCUGCAAGAGAUGCAGUUGUGUUAUCUGGCGGACCUUACUGGAACGUGCCUAAAGGAAGAAAAGACGGACGAAUAUCAAGAGCUAGUGAAACAACACUGCUUCCAAAGCCUACAUUCAACAUUUCUCAACUCCAACAAAGCUUCCGUCAAAGAGGUCUUUCACUAGACGACUUGGUGGCUCUCUUAGGUGCACACACUCUAGGAUUUACUCAUUGCUCAUCAUUUAUGAACCGUAUAUACAACUUCAACUCCACACAUGACAUCGAUCCUACACUGCGUCCAUCGUUUGCUGCAAGCUUGAAGGGCAUAUGUCCACUCAAAAACAGGGCAAAAAACGCAGGAAUAAGCAAUGAUCCUUCACCAACAACAUUUGAUAAUACUCAUUACAGGCUAAUUCUCCAAAAGAAAAGUUUGUUAUUUUCGGAUCAUUCAUUGCUGACUACACCAAAAACGAAGAGCUUAGUUUAUAAGUUUGCUACAUCAAAAGCAGCUUUUCAUAAGGCAUUUUCUAAUUCCAUGAUUAAGAUGAGUAGCCUUACAGGAGGUCAAGAAGUUAGAAAAGAUUGCAGGGUUGUAAACUAAUAAAUUAUUACUUCUACUUAU